AUGGCAUGGACCCCUCCUCUCUCCACCAUCCCUGAGAGCCUGGCUCCUCUGGACCUUCCGCUGGCGUUAGACCUCACUACCAAAUACUGUGUGGACAACAAAUCCACAGCAUCAGCUUCAGGGAUGGAAGCUGCGGAGGUCAAUCUUGGGGACCGAGUCAACCAAGCUAACUUCUCCUCAGUCACAGAGUUUGUGUUGCUGGGGUUCUCCAACCUUGGAGAAAUCCAGCUCAUCCUCUUUGCUGUGUUUCUGUGCCUGUAUCUGAUUAUUCUGAGUGGGAACCUCACCAUUGUCACAGUCAUACGCCUGGAUCGCAGCCUCCAUGUACCUAUGUACUUCUUCCUGGGGAUCCUCUCCAUCUCUGAGACAUGCUACACCUUCGUCAUCCUGCCCAAGAUGCUCCUAAAUCUGUUGUCUCUGCUCAGAACAAUCUCAUUCAUUAACUGUGCCAUUCAGAUGUUUUUCUUCCUUGGUUUUGCUGUCACUAAUUGCAUGUUGCUGGGGGUCAUGGGCUAUGACCGGUAUGCUGCUAUCUGCCAUCCACUUCGGUACCCUAUCCUAAUGCGCUGGCAGGUAUGUGGACAGCUGGCAGCCACCUGUGCUGUGAUUGGCUUUUUGUUCUCACUGACAGGCUCAUUCUUAGUCUUUGAACUCCCUUUUUGUGGUCCCAAUAAAAUCAACCACUACUUCUGUGACAUUUCACCAGUUAUCCAGCUUGCCUGUACAGAAACCUACAUCAAUGAGCUGGUCAUCUUCGCUGGUGGAGUUCUAGCACUCAUGGUCCCCCUGACUUUCAUAUGCAUAUCUUACGGUUUCAUUGUCCGUACCAUCCUGAAGAUACCAUCCAUUGAUGGCAAGCGGAAAGCCUUCUCAACCUGUGCGUCCCACCUCACUGUGGUCAUUGUCCACUAUGGCUGUGCCUCCUCUGUCUACCUUCGACCCUCAACCAAGUUCUCAUCUAACAAAGAUAGGCUUGUGACAGUGACCUACACAGUUGUGACUCCAUUGUUGAACCCAAUGGUGUAUAGCCUCAGGAACAAAGAUGUCCAGAUGGCCAUAAGAAAAGUGAUUGCCAGAGGAAGGUUUUAUCCUAAAGCUCUGUGA